AUGGGAAGAGAACUCAAAACGCGCCUAGAUGCCUGUAAGAGCACAUAUAACAAUGAUAAAAAUGCGAUAUUACAAGACACAAAGAUAUUUUCAAAGCUUCCAAUAAACUCAAAAAAGUGCGCUGCGCUACUUACACGUAUCUUAAGCCUUUUGAACUGUGGCCACGAAAGUUUGACUGAAAGCGAGUCCACCGAGAUCUUUUUCGGAGUGACGCGUUUAUUCGAAUCGGAUGAUGAAAGAUUGAGACGCUUAAUCUAUCUGCUCAUAAAAUCGCUGCCAGUCAAUGAGACCGAGAUUUUCAUUGUAACCAGUUCUCUGACCAAGGAUAUUAAUUCUCCAAAUCAUGUGUAUCGUGCAAACGCCAUUAGAGCAAUCUGUUCUAUUAUGAAGACAACAAUAUCUGCUCAAAUUGAGCGAUAUUUGAAGUCUUCGCUGGUGGAUGGAGAAACCUAUGUCUCAUCUUCAACUUUGCUCUGUUGUAUUGGAAUGUUCAGCAAACUGUCCGAUAUAUUACGUAGAUGGGUAGGAGAAAUUACAACUUGCUUGUCAAAUAGCAACCAAAUGGUAAAAUUUCACGCAACAAUUCUCCUGUUUCUCCUGAGGGCCAAUGAUAAGCAAUCAAUUCGCAAGCUUAUAUCCACACUCGAUAGGAACUCUGGAAAUAACGUACAGUGCUUUAUAAUUAGGUUUUUAUGUUUGAACAACACAGUAAUGGAAACUGAAUGUAUAAAUAUCUUGAACUCAAGCUUGAAAGGUACAUCUGAUGUAGUAAAACUUGAAGCUGUCAAAAGUAUAAUAUCGCUGCUUAUUACCCACGUUCGCUCGAAGAAUAGCUUAGAAACUUUCCCCUAUGAUUUAAAAACCAGCAUUGAGGUCUUGAAACAUUUUCUCAGUUCAGGGGAACAAGUUUACAUAUUUUCCGCAAUGAGACAAUUUUCAAUCCUGGCCCAAAUUUUGCCAUCAGCAAUAAACUCUAUGAAUAAGCAAGUUGAAUCUUUGAUAAGUCACAAUAGUAGAGGAGUAUCAUCUUUGGCUCUAUUAACCUUGUUGCAAACUGGAAGUGCGGAUACAAUUGAAAAUUUGUUGGCUCAAGCUUCAUCUCUCUCCGGAGAAUUCAAACUGGAUGUUUCAAGAGCUAUAAAAAGGUUGUGCAUAACACAUCCAGACAAGUAUAAGCCAGUUUUAAAAUUUUUUGCAAAUAACUUCAGGGAAGAGUCUUCUUUUGUCUCCAAAAAUGAAAUGGCAGAAGCUACAAUGUUUAUUGUCUCAGAAAUCCCACAGGCACAGGAAAUUGGGAUAAACAACCUCUGUGAGUUUAUAGAGGACUGUGAAUACGCUACCCUAAACGCCAAAAUAUUAAAGUUUCUUGGAAACAACAUACCAAAAACAAAGAAUCCAGAAGAGUAUGUUAGAUAUAUUUAUAAUAGGCUGCUUCUUGAGAAUCCGUUGGUUAGAAACUCCAGCAUAGAUGCUCUUGACAAUAUAGCCAAGCUAGUGCCAAGACUGAAAAGGCCCAUCUCAAAGAUGCUAUUCUCGUGUCUAGGGGAUAAUGAUUAUAAUUAUGAGCUGAAUGAGUAUGGUAAUCUCGUAUUCAAUGUUUUGAAUUCUAGUUUGGACUCUGUUUCGGAGGAUGAUUCUGAGUUAUUCCAACUAUAUUCCGGUAUCAAUGAAAAUGUUAGUCUAAUUAACAUAUGUAAGGACCUACAAGAUUACAUAGAGAAAGGUCAUGAAAUUGAUAUAACCAUAGACAUUAAUGAUGAAAAAUCGUGUAAUACUGUAAGAACGACCUCAAUAAGCAAAUGCGACGAAGGUUUAGUUAAAAUGGCAAGUCUUGACAUUUUUGUUGAUGUUUCAACUACUGAAUCUCAGUUCCCCAAUGAGGUGAUUGAGAAGAUCCAAGGUGCUCAAGACCUCGUAAGUACUCUAAAACUACAUUUGACUGAGGAAGAAGAAGAUUACAAUGUAAAUUUAGAACUCUAUGUUUCCAAGGCGUUCAUUGUGGCGGAAUUUAAUAUUGAAAAUACUCUCAAUGACCAGACUCUUGAAAAUAUAUCAAUCUCAUUCAAUCACUCCACAUGUGUAAACUUCAACAACUGGAACAUUGUAUACAACUCAACAAUCGACUGCUUAAAUCCAAACGAAAAGAAACAGUCACAUUUAGUACUGUCUAGCAGUGCCGGUACUAUAACAAGCGAUGAUUUGGAAAAACUCCUAUUAGGUGUCGUAAAGGUCAAUCUUAUAUUCUCCGUUAAAUGUGGUCAAGAAAGUUUUGACGAAAACUAUAACAUGAACAACCUCAACUUGGGGGUUGCUGCUUACAUGGGUCCUUGGAUAAUUGAAGGGGAUGAGUUCAACAAAACAUGGGAUUCCUUACAGGAAUCUGAAGAUGUUGGCACAUUUAACCUACAGUUCAAGUCCAUAGACGAUGCCUGUAACAAAGUCACAAAGUUCCUCGGAAUGAACAACUGUAUGGACAGUGCGGCCAAAAGCCCCGGAAACACCAAGUUAAGGUCACUGAAUCUCGCUGGAAAACUGCUGGGAGAAUAUCAAGUCCUUGCCAAAGCUACAGUAGCGCAGGCCAAUCCUAACUCGGGCUGUGCCCUCAAACUUCAACUCAGAACCGAACAUCGCAAUAUAACUAAGCUCGUAUUCUCACAGCUCGAAUAA